AUGUAUAGCCUCAUCUCUUUCGUCGUGGUCCUCGUGCUCUCGGCUCUUCCUGGGCGAUCUUUCUGGAUCAUAACCCACAGCCCCUUGGUCUCGCAGCGGCUCGAUCCCAUCCUCGCUCCGAAUGGCACGUCCAGUCACACCCAUGCCUUCGUUGGCUCGGCAGCCAUACUCUCCUCGCAGGACAAGAACGCCCUCUGCACCACGAGUGGGGUCAAAGCCGACAAGAGCAACUAUUGGGCACCUCAGCUGUACUACUACCACGCGAAGAAUUCUACCUUUUCCUCUGUCCCCCUCAGCUACGUCAACACUUAUUAUCUUAAUCGGGGUGGACCCAAGAUGGGCGCCAACGGAAAGUUGACGGCCUUUCCAAAGGGCUUAAAGAUGAUUGCCGGCAAUAACACUGCAAUGGACUCUCCUGAUCCAGACCCAACGAAAGCUCUUGCUGUCUCUUACGUCUGCCUCAACUACAAGGACGGUAGCAACACUACAAAGACCCUGCCAACCGGACCGUGUCCACAAGGUCUGCGAACACAGAUCGUCUUUCCUUCGUGCUGGAACGGGAAGGAUCUCGAUUCUGCUGACCACCAGAGCCACAUGUCCUACCCAAUCGACGGAGUUGCCGACAGUGGUGAUUGCCCCACCUCGCAUCCGGUCAAGUUGAUGACCCUCUUCUACGAAUUCGUUUACGCCACCGGCAACCUCAAAAGGAGCUCAUCGGGCAAAAGCCGAUUUGUUCUGGCCAAUGGCGAUGCGGUUGGCUAUGCUAUGCACGCUGAUUUCGUCUCUGCCUGGGACGUCACCGUCCUGCAGAAGGCCGUCGAUCAAUGCACCGGCAACUUGUUUGGGGACCUCAAAAGCUGCCCGCCUUUCGUGCCUACACUGAACACGACUUCUUCCUGCAAAACAAAGGAAUCGGUGAAAGAGAAGGUAUUAGGAUCUCUCAAAUCUUUGCCAGGCUGUGUGCCAAUCAAGAAUGGUCCCUCUAAAGGGGCGAUCGCUAAGAACUGCACGGUGCCGACGCUGAGCGUCGUAGCCCAACAAGGUGGUCCUGACGAUGCCACUUUCCCUAAUCGCCGAAACGUUCUCGAGGAGCAUGUACCUCAUGCUCAGCGCCGUCUCGAUCUUGCAGAGUCAGCUGUUAGACGGUCAAGGCAUAGGGAAAUUGCAGCGGCAGUCCUAUGA